AUGGCGGAACUUGGGAGGAGCAAAGCCGAUUUAGGUGAUUGUCGUUUUUAUGAAAAGAAGUUUCCCGAAGUUGACGACUUGAUUAUGGUUAAGGUUAACAGAAUUGAGGAUAUGGGGGCAUAUGUUUCCAUUUUGGAGUAUAAUGAUAUGGAAGGUAUGAUUUUAAUGUCUGAAUUAUCGAAAAGAAGAUUUCGAAGUGUUAAUAAAUUAAUUCGUGUAGGUAGGCAUGAAGUAGUUUUAGUGUUAAGAGUUGAUAAUCAAAAAGGAUAUAUCGAUUUAUCAAAAAGAAGGGUAUCUCCGAAAGAUAUAAUUAAAUGUGAAGAGAAUUUUUCCAAAUCUAAGAAAGUACAUCAAACAGUUAGGCAUGUUGCACAAAAACACAAUAUGACUGUUGAGGAAUUAAAUAAAAAAGCCAUUUGGCCCUUAUAUCAAAAAUAUGGACAUGCAUUUGAUGCUUUAAAAGAAGCAACUAUGAAUCCUGAUGUUGUUUUUAAAGAUUUAGAUUUAGAUGAAAGUAUAAAGGAAUCUCUCCUUGCAGAUAUAAAACUUAGAUUAACACCUCAAGCAUUAAGAUUAAGAGGAAGAAUAGAUGUUUGGUGUUUCAGUUAUGAAGGUAUUGAUGCAGUUAAAGAAGCUUUAAAAAAAGGAAAGGAAAUUUCGAAUAACGAAGUAACUAUUAAUAUCAAAUUAAUAGCACCUCCCCAAUAUGUUAUCGUUACUUCAUGCCAUGAUAAAGAUCUUGGUAUGUCCAAAAUUCAAGAAGCUAUGAAAGUUAUUAGUGACAAAAUUAAAGAAUACAAAGGAGGCGAUUUUAAACAGCAAGGUGAAAUUUUGGUCAUAGGAGGGGAUGACGAAAAAAGAUUAGAUGAAUUGUUAGACAAGCAUGAUGAACUAUCUAGCGAUGAAGACUACAAUAGUAGUGAUGAAGACGAAGAAAAUUCAAGCGAAGAUGAAGAAAAUUCAAGUGAGGAGGAAGAAGAGGAUUAA